AAACUUUUGACGGUAACACGUUGCUUUUCCUCCUCCCGAAAAGCGUUUCACUCACGCGCGAGCUGUGUCCUUUUUCCGGAAGGUUCCCAGUGGUGUGUAUUUCUGUGGGAAAAAUACGUAAACAUUUAGGGAAUACAGGCAUAACGGCGCGGUUUUGCUCCAGUGACGACCUUAUUUAAACCAUGGUAAAGAAGAAUACUGUUCCUGAGGGAUGGAGAAAUUUAAAGCCUGUAGGAGAACGUGUUCCUGGUACGCGAUUCAUUGCCUUUAAAGUGCCACUGAAGGGGACACUGAGCCAGCGACUUCCACUCACACAAAAAUUUACACCAAAGGAUUUGAUCAAUGGAAUUAAAGAACAGAAUGAAGAACUAGGGCUUGUGAUUGAUUUAACAAACACAACUCGGUAUUAUGAGAAAAAGGAUUUGCCUAGAAAUGUUCAGUAUAAAAAACUCUUCACUGUUGGACUUGAGCUUCCAGAUGAUGCUACAAUUCUAAAAUUUAAGCGACUUGUGAGAAAAUUCAUAUGGGAAAAUGCAAAUAAUGAUAAACUUAUUGGCGUUCACUGUACUACUGGAAUAAACAGAACUGGAUAUAUGAUCUGCAGGUGAGUAAUUGUGUAC